AUGCGGCGCCCCAGCGGUCGGCAAUGCUUCUUCGGCUUCUGUUCAGUCGCUUUGGUCUACAUUGCGCUGACGGGCCUCGUGGUGCAUCUCACCAAAGGAAGUAAUCUUGCCGAACUGGCCGAGAACAAGGCAUGGGUCGCGAGUUCGAAGUACUGGCUGGAUCGCCAGCUAUGCACGUGGCUCGGACUGUGCGGAGUACAGCACUGGGUGUUCAAAAGCGCAUGGACGUGGGAAGAAGUGGACGAUGAUGACGAUACUGUGGAUGAAGUCCGUCUCCCCGAAUGGUGGACUUCGGGCGAAGAGGAUCCCAACUCGUGGUCAAGAGAAGAGAUCCAACGCAGAGAAAUACCACAAUACGUGCUGGACCACGCACCCUAUGUUCACCUAUUCUCCGGAGAAGAAUACUGGCCCAGUGAUCUGGGUGAUCACCUUAUCCACACAUCGCCUUUCCUAAACUAUAGCAAGAUUCUGGAUCUAUCCGAAGACCGAAAUCUCACCAACCUCAACGAACUUAAUGAUUACACGGUGGGACAGCAUGGCAGGUUCAUGUAUCUCCAAAGCGACGACAACGUCGAAGAAAAGCCCGAGUGGCUGGCCAGUGAGAAGAACAUUCCCAAGGUACCCGAAAGAACGGCCGGCGACGAUAACGAAGAUCCGCCGUGGCCGAGCCUUGACGAUAUCAAAGACUUUGACCUGGAGUCAGCCAAGCAACAGGCUCUUGCAAACCAUCCGCCAAAAGAAUCGAGCCAAGAAGCAUAUCCGCAAAUGUGGCCGGCGGAGCUGGUGGUUAGUGAAGAUGGACGAUGCGGUGGCAGCAGUGGAUUCACGUGUACAGGCAGUAAAUUCGGUCGGUGCUGCUCUAUCUACGGAUGGUGCGGAAAGAGCGACGAUUACUGUGGGGAUCCUUGCGAUCCGCUAUCGGGAACGUGCUACGAUCCAUACAACCCUCCCCGGGGACCACAUCCGGACUUACGCCGACGCUCGCUCGAUGUAAAGGCUGAAAGGCAUCGGCCAGAAGAAGGUGGACGAAGUUCGGCACCGGCGAUCCUUGUCGUCGUUCCUAAAGACGAUGGCAUCGUCGACGCUUUUUGGUUCUUCUUCUAUUCCUACAACUUGGGCCAACGUGUGUUGAACAUUCGAUUCGGUAACCAUGUUGGUGACUGGGAACACACCACCAUCCGAUUUAAGAAUGGCAAGCCCCAUUCUGUGUUCCUUUCAGAGCACGACUUUGGACAGGCGUAUACUUGGAAAGCUAUGGAGAAGUACAUUCCUAGCUACGACGGCUCAGGAACUAUGAUCGGCAGUUGGAGUAACGAGACCGCCGCCAGACACGCCAAGCGGCCUGUCGUGUACAGCGCUGUUGGAUCGCACGCCAUGUACGGCACGCCCGGAUUGCAUCCUUAUAUUCUCCCUUUUGGACUCCUGCAUGACGAGACAGACCGCGGACCCCUGUGGGACCCGGCACAGAACUUGCAGUCGUACACUUACGACUACAGGACAAGAGAAGUUCGAGCUUCGACUUUGAACCCUCUCUCCCCAAUCGGUUGGUUCCACUAUGGAGGCCACUGGGGCGACAAAUACUACCCUCUCUCCGACCCUCGACAAUACCGCUUUGCCGGCCAGUAUCACUACGUCAACGGCCCAACAGGACCCAAGUUCAAGAACCUAGGCCGAUCGAAGAUAUGCCAAGGCGCUGGGGAUUGCGCCGUGAGGCACUGGCUAGGCGGCUCCAAACCAGCCGCCCACUCCCCACCGGAAGAAGAAGUCGAAGAGGGCGGACUCCCCGGCGGCAACGUCACCGACACAACGUGA